UUAUUAUUAUUUGAUUUUGUUUUAUCAAUGGCCACUCUUCCUUACCGCACUCUUCAUCCUCUAUCUUCUUCUCUCAGUCCUUCUUCCACUUUGGUUCACCUUUGUUCAUGCUCUUCCACACCUUCUCGUUCUCUUCUCCAAUUCCCCUCCAAUCUCAGACGCAAAGCCACCAAGAAGCCCAGACUGUUUUUGAUCGUUCACCCCAUUUUUCUCUUUAACGGCGUCGCCACCACUUUCUAUUUUGACACCCAAACAGUCAUCGUUACUGUUAGUGUUUUGGCCGCCAUUGCUCUUUCUCUCUUCCUUGGCCUCAAGGGUGAUCCGGUGCCUUGUGAGCGAUGUGGUGGCAAUGGUGGGACAAAAUGCGUGUUUUGUGACUAUGGCAAGAUGAAGCAAGAUAUGGGGUUAAUUAACUGUAAAGUAUGCAAGGGUUCAGGAUUGAUUUUCUGCAAGAAAUGUGGAGGUUCAGGCUAUUCCCGUCGGCUAUGAGCUGUGAAAUUCCUCCUAUAUGUUAAGACCAUCUGUUCUGAGAUAUGUAAGAUGUUGUAACAAUUUUACUUCAUAGUGUCUUUUUCUCUGUGAAUCAUUUUAAUAAAGUUAUUCUGAAGUCCUCUUAGCUAA